AUGGAUGCUCCCUGCAACGAGAUUGUGUUGGAGAGUUCGACAUACCUGGAGGAAGACACGAACGGUUCUGUUGAGUCGGAUGAUACGAGGAUUGUGGAGGUAAAGAACUGUCACAAGACAUACCUGCAUGGCAUCGAAGGAGUCGCUGCGCUGAGAGGGGUGAACCUGAGCGUGAAACGAGGGGAGUUUGUGAUGCUCUACGGGACCUCCGGCGGGGGCAAGUCAACGCUCUUGAACCUGAUCGGGACGAUCGAUCGGCCGACCAAGGGAACGAUCAAGAUCUGCGAGACGCUCAUCUCCGAUCGGACUCCCGACUCUGAGCUAGCUGAGCUGCGCCUGAAGCGCUUGGGGUUUGUCUUCCAGACGUUCAACCUGAUAUCGCAGCUCACGGCCAUCGAGAACGUGGAGCUGCCCUUGACGCUGCAAGGGGAGCUUGCCGUGGCCGAGAGACGCGCGCGAUGUCGUCAGCUGCUGAAGAGUGUGGGGAUGGAGGAGAGGAUGUACCAUCUGCCCUCUCAGCUGUCAGGAGGGGAGCAGCAGAGAGUGACGAUCGCUCGCGCGCUGGUGAACUGGCCGGACAUCCUCCUCCUAGACGAGCCAACGGGGGACUUGGACACGAAGAACACAGAGCUUGUCAUGCGCAUGCUGGUGGACCUCAACAAGCGAUACGGGAUCACUAUGAUCAUGGUCACGCAUGACAUCCACCUGCGGAACUACGCUGAUCGCAUCGUGCAUCUGCGGGACGGGAAGGUGAGGAGGAUGAACUAA